AUGUCUGGUCGUUCGGAUUGCAGGAAAUUUGCACCAAAUAUCUUUAAUAAGAGCAAGUGCACCAAUUGCUUCCGACAGAAGGAGGAGCACAGUGCCGAGGCAUUGGAAUCUAAUCGGUCAGGAAUCCAGGAAGUUGUUGUUAAUCGAUCUCUAACCAUAUCAGAUGCACCGGAACAAGAGGUCGUCCGAGCCUGUAUGUAUAUCGUAAGUGAAACAUAUGAAUCGAAUGUUGUUUGUCCUGUCGAGGAAGACAUUCCACGGUCUCAGGAGCAAACGGUAAUUGAUAGAAGGUCACGCAGCGCCGUUAGAUGCGCCUGCGCAUCUCGUCCUAUAGAGGCAUCGGCGUCCGGCUCCUCUUAA